CGCGUCUCCCGCCCAGUUCCAUCUCCUCCAACUGCUUCCUAGCUACAAGGUAGAAGAGUGAGAGAGGAAGAAGGCCAUGGCGAAGGCGGCGGCGAUGAGCGUGGUGGUGACGGCGGCGCUGGUAAUUGUGCUGGUGGCGACGGCGACGGCGAUGAUGGUGGCGGCGCAGUGCGACGCGGGGCAGCUGGUGGUGUGCGCGCCGGCGAUCCUCGGCGGGGCGAUGCCGACGGCGUCGUGCUGCAGCAAGCUGCGCGAGCAGGAGCAGCAAGGGUGCUUCUGCGAGUACCUACGCAACCCGGCGUACGCUGGCUACAUCAACAGCCAGACUGCCCGCGGGGCCAUUGCCGCCUGCAACGUCACCCUCCCGCAGUGCAGCUAAGCUCGGCCGCGGCCGCCGGCCGGCCUGUUUGCUCUAUUUACUAUACUACUGUUGCGUUAUUGCCGCCACGGCCGGCCUGCCGAAAGGACGAAUAAAUGGGAGUACUCCGGUGAGUUUGAUCGAUGAGUACGACGUGUAAAUCAUAUCGAUCGAUCUCGUCUAAUUGCCCUAUCUUCCACACUAGAGGGAGUGGCACUUCUUGCCCAAAUAUGUGCUCUGCCCAUUACGCAGCGACCACUAGCCAAUAUAGAAAUAUUAGGAGCAGUGCAGUAAUAUGCAAUUUUGUUUUUCGGUUCUACUCCAUCAGAUCCAUAAUAAAUGUCGCAACUUUAGUACAACUUUAAUACGGUGUACAAAAUUGUACCAAAUCAGCGAUACUUGUGAGUAUUUCUCGGUUAA